AUGGCGGAGGGCGGCGGCGGGGGGUCGCGGCGGAAGGCGCUGUCCCUGCUGGAGGCGGCCCGCUCCCGCUACGAGAGCCUGCAGAUCUCGGACGACGUGUUCGGGGAGUCGGGCCAGGACAGCAGCGGGAACCCCUUCUACAGCACCUCGGCCGACUCCCGCUCCGCCUCCUCCCAGGACGAGGACGAGGAGCAGCUCGCAGCUGCGGAGGGGCCCGGCCCCCGGGCCAUGGGGCGCUGUGUCCCCAGGGCGGUGGCGGCGGAGCGGCAGCAGGUUCCCGGCGGCGGCAGCCCCGGCCCCACGGAGGAGGAGGGGGACUGGACCCCGACCCUGCGAGACGCCCCACCCCCAGACUUCAAGGAUAGCUUCGGUCCAACCCAUAAAAUGCCCCCAACUGCCAGUGCCAUGGACUUUUUUCAGCUCUUUGUCCCUGACAAUGUAUUAAAGAACAUGGUGGUACAAACCAAUAUGUAUGCCAAGAAGUUCCAGGAGAGAUUUGGCAAAGAUGAUGCCUGGAUGGAUGUCACGCUAACAGAAAUGAAAGCCUUCCUAGGCUACAUGAUCUCAACAAGCAUUCACCACUGUGAGUCCGUCCUCAGCAUUUGGAGCAGUGGCUUCUACAGCAACAAGAGCAUUGCGCUGAUCAUGACACAGCCGCGGUUUGAGAAAAUCCUGAAGUACUUCCACAUUGUGGCCUUCCGUUCCAGCCAGAUGACACAUGGCCUCUACAAAAUUCAGCCUUUUCUGGACUCUCUGCAGCAUGGCUUUGACUCUACUUUUAGGCCUUCCCAAACCCAGGUGCUACAUGAACCGCUGAUCGAUGAGGACCCAGUUUUCAUUGCCACAUGCACAGAGCGGGAGCUACGGAAAAGGAAAAAGCGGAAAUUCAGCCUAUGGGUUCGGCAGUGCUCAUCUACUGGUUUCAUCUGUCAGAUUUACGUCCAUCUAAAAGAAGGUGGUGGUGCCGACGGACUGGAUGCUUUGAAGAACAAGCCCCAACUCCACAGUAUGGUGGCCAAGAGCCUUUGUCAGAAUGCAUCAGGAAAAAACUACAUCAUCUUCACUGGCCCUAGCAUUACCAGCCUGAACCUUUUUGAAGAGUUUGAGAAGCAAGAGAUUUAUUGCUGCGGAUUGCUGAGUUCCAGGAAAAGUGACUGCACAGGUCUUCCUCCAUCAAUGCUGCAUAACCCAGACACUCCUCAGUCCAGAGGGCAGUACAGAAUAAAGAUGAGGGGAAACAUGUCCCUGAUCUGCUGGUACAACAAAGGGCAUUUUCGUUUUCUCACUAAUGCCUAUUCUCCAGUUCAACAAGGAGUUAUAAUUAAGAGAAAAAGUGGUGAGAUCCCAUGCCCGCUGGCAGUAGAAGCUUUUGCUGCUCAUCUUAGCUAUAUCUGCAAAUAUGACGACAAAUACAGCAAGUAUUUCAUUUCUCAUAAACCAAACAAGACCUGGCAACAAGUGUUCUGGUUUACCAUCAGCAUUGCCAUAAACAAUGCCUACAUCCUCUACAAAAUGUCAGAUGCCUACCACGUGAAAAGGUACAGCCGGGCACAGUUUGGUGAGAGACUUAUAAAGGAGCUGCUGGGCUUGGAGGACACCUCACCUUCUCAUUGAUGCAUUACUCCUUGUGGCUUAGGUAUGGGGUGGAGGGGGAGCAGAAGAGGAGACCACAGCUCUGGAAUGUCAAAGCAGGGAAGUCAUGACAUCACCAAUGCCGCUCCCUAUAGGAAAGUGACAGUGAUGCCAGUAGAGGGGUGGAGACUUGGUUAAAAGUAGCAGCUGGCUGUUGAGUGUCCUACAGAGAGAGCCACAGGAAAAGUCAAUACACAACUGCAUCUGUGAAUGCUCUGCGGGUACCUGUCCAUCCAAAAAGAUUUAAGUUAGUAGCCAUUUGUCUGCCAUAUCUGUUGAACAGGGUCGUCUUGUAAGGCUUCCAUAGGGCUCACCACAAACUUGCCACAAAAGGAUGUAGCUCAGUGGUCUUAGGUGGGCAUUACCAAAACUCUGCCUUGUCUGGAGUUCUUUAACUGUGGGACAAGCAAUGUUGUGUCAUGGAUAACAAUGCCUGGCAUCUUGUAAGGAAUCAUGACAGGGUUAAAAUAAAACAUUAUUUAUGUUCUUCACAAGUAUAUUGACAGAUUGCUUGUUACAGGCAAAGACAACAAAAAGGUAGAGUAACAGUUAAGAACUUUUUUUUUUUAUUAGUGUAAGGCAAUCAGUGCCGUAUAGGAAUAAAAAGUUUAGGGGAAAAUUAAACAUCUUGGAGAACCUUAAAAAAAA